CCACUAUCUCUAAUUUUUAAUGUUUACCAACGAAAACCCUAGCAUCUAAAACUAUAAAUAGCGUUACAAUUAUCAUGUUUCACCACAAAAAGAAAUCAAAUAUUACUUGCUAAAUAGAGGGAAAAAACUUGCAUAGGAACAUUGGCUUUUUUAGUUUUAGUACUCUUUAGUGUUUUAAGUAUGGCUAGGGUGAAGGGUUUGGGCUUUCUUGCUUUGCUUGUUUUGUCAACUCUUGUGAUGGUCUCAGAGGGUCGAGUAGCACGAAAGGAUUUGGGCCUAGACUUGGGUGGUGGUAUAGGAGUGGGCGUUGGUGCUGGGGUGGGCUUGGGCCUAGGAGGGGGAAGUGGUUCAGGGGCCGGAGCAGGAGCAGGUUCUGGCUCUGGGUCUGGCUCAAGAUCAAGUUCUAGUUCAAGCUCAAGCUCAAGUUCAACUUCCUCGGGCAAUGGUAAUGCAGGUUCAGAGGCAGGCUCAUAUGCUGGAUCAAGAGCUGGUUCUGGUUCUGGUAGUCGACGUGGGUCAAGUCGUGCAGGCUCAGAGGCAGGCUCAUACGCUGGAUCAAGAGCCGGUUCUGGUUCCGGUAAUUAAUGUGGAUUUAAUGAUCCUAGAUACGUAAGGAUCAUGAAUUACGCUAUUGUGGGAGAGAUGGUAACUAAAUAUUCUAUUAGAAAAAAUAAAUAAGAGCUUACUACUUUGAAAUGAAAAAAUAAUAGAAUGCAUGAUGUCCUAUAUGGUACGUAAUUUGUACGUUGUACUAGUUUACAUCGUUGUUUCUUGUGUAUUAGUUUAAAUCAAUGAAUAUAAGUGUGGCUUGUGUUUA